AUGCCUGAAGCGAAUCUGCCUGCAGAGCCCAAUCUGCGAGUGACCAUCAUCGCGGCUGAUGGCUUGUAUAAAAGAGAUGUCUUCCGAUUUCCCGACCCGUUCGCUGUGGCGACCAUCUCGGGAGAACAAACGAGGACGACCUCGGUGAUCAAGAAAACAUUGAACCCUUAUUGGAAUGAAGCCUUUGACAUGCGAGUCACAGAGGACAGUAUUUUAGCUAUACAAAUCUUCGAUCAGAAGAAAUUCAAAAAGAAGGACCAGGGCUUCCUUGGUGUCAUCAACAUUCGAAUCGGCGACGCCAUUGAUUUAGAUAUGGGCGGAGAUGAGAUGCUCACUCGGGAUCUUAAGAAGUCCACCGACAACUUGGUGGUUCACGGAAAAUUGAUCGUGAACUUAUCCACCAAUCUCUCCUCUCCACCUCCAAAUCAGCAGAAUCGGCCUGCUCCGAGUACCUCUUCCAGCGUUAACGGCUCAAAUCCAUACUCCAGCAGCACGAACGUCAACCAAACCCUACCCAUCCGUUCCCGGAGCCCAGCCCCGUCACGAACAGCUACAUCUGGCUCAGGAGAAGCAAGGGCUUCUAGCACUGCUAUCAACGGAACGAUGCCACAACCUCAGGUCAAUGGUACUGGAAGAUCCGGGGGGUUCAGCUCUUUUGAAGACAGUCAAGGACGUUUGCCCGCUGGAUGGGAACGCAGAGAAGAUAAUCUGGGCAGAACCUACUACGUUGAUCACAAUACCAGGACCACAACAUGGACGCGACCGUCCAACCACAUGAGUGAAAGCGAAGCAAGAAAUCGUGCCGAAGCAAAUAUGCAGAUGGAACGACAACGACACCAAAAUCGUAUGCUUCCCGAAGAUCGCACCGGAGCCAGCUCGCCCAACUUGCAAGACAGUCGAGGAGGAUCGCCUUCUCAGCAAAAUGCCGUAUCUAUGAUGGCCACCGGGGCCACCACUGCAGGAACUGGUGAACUUCCCGCUGGAUGGGAACAGAGACACACCCCUGAAGGUCGUGCCUAUUUCGUGGACCACAAUACACGAACCACCACUUGGGUGGAUCCGAGACGACAACAAUACAUUCGCAUGUAUGGAAACAACCCUUCUGGAAACAACACCACCAUUCAACAACAGCCCGUAUCGCAAUUGGGACCAUUGCCCAGCGGAUGGGAAAUGCGACUCACCAAUACAGCCCGUGUAUACUUCGUGGAUCACAAUACCAAGACGACAACCUGGGACGAUCCACGAUUGCCAUCGUCGUUGGAUCAAGGCGUCCCACAGUACAAGCGUGAUUUCCGGCGAAAGCUGAUCUACUUCCGUUCGCAACCGGCUUUGCGUAUCCUGUCUGGUCAAUGUCACAUCAAAGUCCGACGGGGCGCCAUUUUCGAAGAUUCCUAUGCUGAGAUCAUGCGACAAAGCGCGACCGAUCUGAAGAAGCGAUUGAUGAUCAAAUUCGAUGGUGAGGACGGUCUUGACUAUGGUGGUCUCUCUCGCGAAUUCUUCUUCUUGCUCUCACACGAAAUGUUCAACCCUUUCUAUUGCCUGUUCGAAUACUCUGCGCAUGACAAUUACACUCUGCAAAUCAAUCCACACUCCGGCAUUAACCCCGAACAUCUCAACUACUUCAAAUUUAUUGGGCGAGUUGUUGGGCUUGCUAUCUUCCAUCGUCGCUUCCUGGAUUCAUUCUUCAUCGGGGCGUUCUACAAGAUGAUGCUUCGCAAGAAGGUCACCAUCAACGAUAUGGAGGGUGUGGACGAAGAGUACCAUAAGAACUUGACGUGGACUCUGGAGAACGAUAUCACCGACAUCCUUGACCAAACUUUCUCUAUUGAAGAUGAACAAUUUGGUGAGACCAAGACUAUUGAUUUGAAACCUGGCGGCCGCGACAUCCAGGUCACAAAUGAGAAUAAGAGAGAAUAUGUCGAACUCGUGACAGAAUGGAAGAUCCAGAAACGGGUUGAAGAGCAGUUCAAUGCCUUCAUCACAGGUUUCAACGAAUUGAUCCCGGCAGAUCUCGUCAAUGUUUUUGAUGAGCGUGAACUCGAGUUGUUGAUCGGCGGUAUUGCUGACAUUGACGUUGACGAUUGGAAGAAACACACCGAUUACCGUGGCUACCAGGAGCAGGACGAAGUGAUCCAGAACUUCUGGAAGGUGAUUCGAUCCUGGGAUGCUGAGCAGAAGAGUCGUCUCCUCCAAUUCGCCACAGGCACGAGCCGUAUUCCUGUCAACGGAUUCAAGGAUCUGCAAGGUAGUGAUGGCCCGAGAAGAUUCACGAUCGAGAAGGCUGGUGAGGUCAACGCCUUGCCGAAGAGUCAUACGUGUUUCAAUCGUCUUGACCUUCCGCCAUACAGAUCUUAUGAUACUCUCAACCUGAAGCUUUCAACUGCCGUCGAGGAAACGCUGGGCUUCGGCCAAGAAUAA